UGGAACAGGUGGAACAGUUGGUACAGGUGGAACAGUUGGUACAGGUGGAACAGGAGGAAAAGGUGGAACAGUUGGUACAAGUGGAACAGGUGGCACAGGUGGAACAGGUGGAACAGUUGGUACAAGUGGAACAGUUGGUACAGGUGGAAUAGUUGGUACAGGUGGAACAGGUGGAACAGUUGGUACAGGUGCAACAGGAGGAACAUUUGGUACAGGUGGAACAGGUGGUACAGGUGGAACAGUUGGUACAGGUAGAAGAGGAGGGACAGUUGGUACAGGGUGAACAGGUGGAAAAGUUGGUACAGUUGGUACAGGUGGAACAGGAGGAACAGUUGGUACAGGUGGAACAGGUGGUACAGGUGGAACAGUUGGUACAGGUGGAACAGGUGGUACAGGUGGAACAGGUGGAACAGGUGGAACAGGAGGAACAGUUGGUACAGGUGGAACAGUUGGUACAGUUGGUACAGGUGGAACAGGUGGAACAGUUGGUACAGGUGGAACAGGUGGUACAGGUGGAACAGUUGGUACAGGUAGAAGAGGAGGGACAGUUGGUACAGGUGGAACAGGUGGAACAGGUGGAAAAGUUGGUACAGGUGGAACAGUUGGUACAGUUGGUACAGGUGGAACAGGU